GCAUCAUAUGUUUUCUCAUUGGCACAUUAUGUCAGAGUAGUUGGUACUUCGGCGACAAAGUUUUAAGGACGUUUACUGGGAAAGAUGUUUGGUGUCCAAAGAUUGCGGGCGUUGCCCGUAUGUAGAGUAUCAAAAAGGCUCCUUUCCAAUGAAAUCAAAGAGGUGCUCAGCACACGACUGCCCCCUCCAGCCGGCAUUAAUGGCAACCAACUUCAAUUGGCUGUGAUCAGUAAAAACCUUAACGCACUUAACCUAGAUUUGUUCGUAAACAACUUAAAUCCAAACGAGGAUAGAAGUUCUAAUAUUUUAGACUUAUUAACUCACAUACGAUCGAGUCGUUUGGCAAAUACCUGUUUGGAAUCAACCAAUUUCGGAGUAGUGAGCCACUUGUUAGAUAACCUGAGCCUGCAGGAGUUGGUGCCCAUUCUGGUCGAUCGCCCCAAAUAUGGGAUAUUUUUGGAUAAUUUCACGGGCUUUGCUGUAACCGAAAGCCUGCACAACGAAAAGGAAUAUGAAUUGGCUUUGCCACUAGUAUUGAAGUUGGUGUCAUUGGAUGAAUUGGAUAGCGCAUUUAUUCAAGGUUUUUGUGUUAAAUCGUCAAUAGUGGCACUUAAGAAAAUGCUUACAAAAGAAGCAGAACCUGCUGAGGAAGUAAAAGCACCAGCUGGUAAAAAACAAGAGCAAAAAAUUCGAGUUCACUUCAUACGUAACCCUUUGGAACAUGACAUCAAAAUGGACAUUGGGAAAUCUUUGUUGAAAAUAUCAACCAUUGCUGGAGAAAUGAAGGAUAAUACGCAACUUUUGGCUCAUGUACUUACUAAGCGAUACGAAAAUAUGGACAAAUUGCUGUCCUCGUUCCCAUCAAGUAUUACUUCGGAUGUUUUGGAGAUUUGUAAAGAGUUACUUACACGAGCUAACCAAACAGAGAUCUGCAAUAAACUGGAGGCAAUCGCUGCUGAAAAGAAAUCCAGUAAAUCAUUGGAAGAACUAUUGGAUGUUUUUUUGAGUGAAAAAAUUGCUAUAGAGGCAAAACAAUUGGCAGAAAAGCAAAAGCAACUUUUUCCGACAUGGCAAAAGUUAAGGGAGGAAAAGAAGGAAAUGAUUGAAAAGGAAAUUUCCGUGAUGGAAAGAAAGGAGACAGUUGAAAAAAUUAAAAAUGAAAUUGAAAACAAGAAGCAGCUGUUGUGGUUCUUCGAGGAAGAAGACAAGCUGGAUUUGGAGAUUUACAAGAAGCGAGUUUUCUAUCCCAAACGCUGGUUUGGCAAAAAGAAGAAGCCACGUGUUUUGGACGAACACUACGUUCCACCACAAAUAAGAAAGAUAAAUUGAUUACAAUAAAGUAACUUGUAUUUAAUUCGUUAAGUUUCAAAUAAAAAAAUACAGUAAAAUGAA